UAUUUCAAAUCUGUCCGUAGGCUGGCAAUAUUGUCUGCAGCGUUUAAUUCGCAAAAUGGCGGAUGGCGGUGUGGAUAUAGAUUUAUACGCCGAUGAUAUUGAAUCUGAUUUCAAUAGACAGGACGAGUUUGGAGGAGAUAAUGUAGAUCUUUACGACGACGUUAUUGCUGCUCCAUCAGCGAAGCAAGAAGAUGGUGAUGGACCACCGAACUCUGCACCUCAACAUCCACCUGAGGAGACAAACGGGAACGCUUCUUAUCACAACAACGCACCAAGCCACGGGCAUCAUGGCCGCCGAUUCCAACUUUACGUCGGCAACCUAACUUGGUGGGCAACCGAUCAAGAUAUAGCUAACGCCGUCGCUGACGUUGGCGUGUCGGAUUUUCAAGAUGUGAAAUUCUUCGAGAACAGGGCAAACGGGCAGUCGAAAGGUUUCUGCGUUAUAUCUCUGGGCUCAGAUCAGUCUGUCAGGAUGGUUAUGGACCGAUUGCCCAAGAAAGAGAUUCAUGGGCAGCAUCCUAUUGUUACACUGCCUACAAAACAGGCCCUUAAUCAAUUUGAGAGUCAAUCCAAGACAAGGUCAACACCACCUGGCACGAAUACCGGAAUGAGAGGACCGCCGGGACACCCUGGAGGCCCACCCGGCCCGCAUCCUGGAGAAUUCUUUGGCGGCGGACCGAACGGUCCCGGGCCGAACGGGCCGCGCAUGAUGAUGCCGGGGCCAGGGCCGCACCACCAGAUGAGGGGCCCGCCGCCGGGGCCGCAUGGGCACGGGCCCCCGCCGCACCACAUGCCGCAGCAUCAGGGUCCCCCGCCGCACCACAUGGCGCCGCAUCAGGGUCCCCCGCCGCACCAGGGCCCGCCGCAACACAGGCCGCCGAUGCCGUAUAAUGAUAUGCAGCGUCAAGGCGGCGGUCGCGGCGGCGAGUGGGGAGCGCGCGGGCCGCACAUGCCGCCCGCGCCGGCGCCGCAGUACGGCCCGCCGCAGCACCAGCUGCCGCACCAGAUGCCGCCGCCGCACGCGCCUCCCGGGCAAGGUAUGCCGCCACCACAUCACCAGAUGCCGCCUCAUCAGCAAGGCCCGCCGCGUGGACCGGCACCUCUACCGCAACAUCCUGGUGUAGGCGUAGGUGUAGGUGGACCAGCGCCUCACGUGAAUCCAGCUUUCUUCAAUCAACAGCCGCCCGUGCAAAGCGCGCCCCCGGUACAGCCCGGCCCACAGCCCGGACCGCCAGGUCCAGGAGCUCCAUACGGACAUCCAGCGCACGCAGCUCCAGUGCCGGCGCAAGGACCGCCGCCUGGUGCUAGGACGCCGUACGGCAGACCGCCACAGAACCCGUACCCAGCGGGCGAAGCGCGUCCGACGCACGCGGCGCCGCUCGGUGUGCACGCGGCGCACCCCGCGCACGCGGCUCACCCCGCGCACGCGCCGCACCCGGUCAUCAGCGAGGCGGAGUUCGAGGAGGUGAUGAGCCGCAACCGCACCGUGUCGUCCAGCGCCAUCGCGCGUGCUGUUAGUGAUGCCGCCGCGGGAGAAUACGCGUCCGCUAUUGAGACGCUCGUCACGGCCAUAUCGCUUAUUAAACAGAGCAAGGUGGCGCACGACGACCGCUGCAAGAUACUAAUAUCGUCGCUGCAAGACACGCUGCACGGCGUCGAGACGAAGUCGUACGGCGGCGAGCGGCGUCGGUCGCGGUCGCGCGAGCGGGACGCGCGCCAGCACCACCGGGCGCCGCGCCGCCGGGAGCGCUCCGCCAGCCGCUACCGGGAGCGCUCGCGGGACCGGGAGGAGCGGGACAGGUAUAGGGAACGGUCGAGGGACCGUGACCGUGAGCGCGACCGUGACGCGUAUUACAGGGAUUACCGUGAACGUGAACGCGACAGGUCCAGGUCUAGGGACAGGGAACGCGCUGACCAUUAUAACAGGGGACACAGUCGGGAAGAGAGGCCGCGCAAAUCGCCGGUAGAACCAACAGCGGAAGCGGGCGCGGGCGACGCGAGCACCAAGAGCAGAACCGCAGCCGCGCCGUACUACGACGAGCGGUACAGAGAGCGGCGUGACCGCGACCCGCCGCCCGCGGACCGCGACCGUGACCGUGAACGCGACCACCGCCGCGACGCGCGCCACUAACAUCCGGCUAUUCGUGGCGCGGGUGCGGUUACCGUGACCGUGACCGCAACGGGCGCCACUAACAACCGGCUAGUAGUGGCGGUUGUGCGGGCAGCGAGACCGUGACCGUGACCGCGACCGCGACCGCUACCGCCGCAACGUGCAGGACUAGGACUAGCGGCCGGUGGGCACGGUGACGGUGAUCGUGACCGCUGACUUCUAGCAACCGGGGGGAAAGUGGGGACCGUGACUAGGUGUACAUGGCAAUACAAUUGAAUUUCAGUUUCUAUAUUCAAUUUCUAUUUUAUGAAGAAACAUUACAUCUGAGUUUUUGUGUACAUGGGUAUA